AUGGAGCGAGCUAGCCCCUGGACAACAUCCACAUACAAAGAGGAGUUCCAGUGGAGGCUGCAAGAAGCUCUGGCCCAGGAUCACAGCCCUGCCUCGAAGCAGAGUGAUCUGGACAGGAGGGAUGCAAUCAGGAAGGAACUCUGGUAUGAGGCCUUUGAGGAAGUCCGGGUUUGA